AUGGCUUCACUAUUCAGACCUCCCGAAUCCACUAAAGGCAACCCAAAUUCCCCAAGACUGAAACUACCUAUCCUAAGGAGUAAUCAGAUGAAUGAUAUGAAUAUAUAUUCAAUGUCUAAUGGUGGUUCUACAACAGCAUGUAGCCAUACCCCGGAACCGCUGAACUCUUCCACAUCGACACUUUUCUCUCAAAACCGACUUUAUUCGAGCGACUCUUCAAUGACUUUGAACACAAUGAAGAAGAGGCCAGCCCCACCAUCAUUGCCUUCAUUGAGUACAACCACACAAUCUAAGCACAAAACGCGACCCCAACUCGUACCCAUCGCCGACGUGCCUGACUCUAGGCAAAAUUUAGGGUUAAAAGAGCAUGUAAUAGUGGCGGAUGUGCUGUCUGGUAGUAAAGAAUUAACUCCUUCAUCAAUGGAAAGCCCCUUUUUACAUACAAAUACGUCUUCUCCCUAUCUCAGAAACGACCUGAACAAUUCGGUGGGAUCCGACUUUUCAAAUUUGAUAUCAGUUUAUGAACAAAGUCCAAGCCCAACUAAGCCAACUUGUGAGUCUGCAUUACCUUCGGAAUCAUAUAUCGACGUAAACAGUGUGCGAGAUGUUGAUCAACUGGACGAAAAUGGUUGGAAAUACACAAAUUUAAAAGAUAGAAUUGUGACACUAGGCAUUCUAGGAGAAGGGGCCGGUGGCUCAGUCUCCAAGUGUAAGCUGAAAAAUGGAUCCAAAGUGUUUGCUUUGAAAGUCAUAAACACAUUAAACACAGAUCCCGAGUAUCAGAAGCAAAUAUUUAGAGAAUUACAGUUUAAUAGAAGUUUCCAAUCUGAAUAUAUCGUACGAUAUUAUGGAAUGUUUACGGAUGAUGAAAAUUCUUCAAUAUAUAUAGCCAUGGAGUACAUGGGUGGCCGAUCGUUGGAUGCUAUUUACAAGAAUUUAUUAAGACGUGGUGGCAGGAUCAGUGAAAAAGUCCUCGGAAAAAUCGCAGAAGCAGUGCUAAGAGGACUGUCAUAUUUGCACGAGAAGAAGGUUAUUCAUAGAGAUAUUAAACCGCAAAACAUUCUAUUGAAUGAAAAAGGACAGGUGAAACUAUGUGAUUUUGGUGUCAGUGGAGAAGCAGUUAACUCACUGGCCACAACAUUCACGGGAACAUCGUUCUAUAUGGCUCCAGAAAGAAUCCAAGGCCAACCGUAUAGUGUCACAUCUGAUGUAUGGUCACUUGGAUUGACGAUUUUAGAGGUGGCAAAUGGUAAAUUUCCAUGCUCUUCAGAAAAGAUGGCAGCUAAUAUUGCUCCAUUCGAACUAUUGAUGUGGAUUUUAACGUUUACUCCUGAAUUAAAGGAUGAACCCGAAUCCAAUAUCUUGUGGAGUCCAUCAUUCAAAUCCUUCAUUGAUUAUUGCCUAAAAAAGGAUAGUCGUGAACGUCCGUCUCCAAGGCAAAUGAUUAAUCAUCCCUGGAUAAAGGGGCAAAUGAAGAAAAAGGUAAAUAUGGAAAAAUUUGUAGAGAAAUGUUGGGAAGAUUGA